UCCAGUGUCCAACGAACUCCAACCCCAAAGCUCAAAGUCUCUCUCUCUCUCUCUCUCUCUCUCUCUCUCUCUCCACAUUCAGCUUUGGGUUUCUAGAGAGAGACACACUCAUUCUCUCUAUGUCAGCCUGAAGCCGCAGAGACCGAGCGCAAGAGAGAGAUUCUGGUGCGACUCAUAUCUUCGUUUUGAUCUCCAGAUCCUGCGCGUGCCCUAAUUUCUCGGUCGCGUAACGGUCAUCUUCAGGCGCCGCCAUCCGAGCUCUCCUAUGGUGGUUCUGCGUUUCAAGUUUCCUUAUGGAUCUCUAUAACUGAGAAAAAAAAGUGCUUUAUUCCCGUUGGAGAAAGCAGGACGGAACCGGAUAGCUCGAAUUUCCAGCGAGGGCUGUAGUACACUGGGAAUCGUCUGUCCAUUUGAUUUUUCUGGGUCCGUGGAAAAGGAGAGAGAUGCUGACUUGUAUUGCUUGUUCGAAGCAGUUAAACGCCAACAAUGGCGGAUCUAAUCGCGAGAAAGAAGAAGAAGAAGACGGAGUUGUUGCGACGCCCAGGACUAAGCAGGCAAUUAAGACCCUGUCGUCCCAGAUAAAAGACAUUGCAAUAAAGGCAUCGGGGGCAUACAAAAACUGCAAACCGUGUGCUGGGUCAUCAUCAUCAGACAGGAACUAUGCUGAUUCAGAUGCUGCUUCGGGUUCUGGAAGGUUCCACUAUGCAUACCGAAGAGCAGGGAGCGCAAGCUCAACACCGAGGAUUUGGGGGAAGGAAAUGGAGGCUAGGCUGAAAGGGCUUUCAAGUGGAGAAGGAACUCCAGCUUCCAUGAGCGGUCGGACAGAAUCCAUUGUGUUCAUGGAGGAGGAUGAGCCUAAGGAAUGGGUUGCUCAAGUUGAACCUGGCGUUCUCAUUACCUUCGUUUCAUUGCCUCAGGGAGGGAAUGAUCUUAAGCGGAUUCGGUUCAGCCGGGAAAUGUUUAAUAAAUGGCAGGCUCAGAGGUGGUGGGCAGAGAACUACGAUAAGGUGAUGGAGUUAUACAAUGUCCAACAGUUCAACCAGCAAAGCGUCCCGCUUCAGACUCCUACAUCCCAAGAUGAGUCUGCCAAGGAAAGUCCUGUAACUCCACCCCUGGACAAAGAACGUCCUCGGAACGUUCCUCGCACGGCGGCGGGAAUCGGAUACUACGAGUCUACUGGUCUUGCCUCGACGCCAAAACUCUCUAGCAACAAGACCGAGACAUCAUCGGUCGACGGUUCUGUAAGAAGUAGUAGCUAUACAUGUGAUGCAAGUGAAGACAUGGAAACCGAAUGGGUGGAACAGGACGAGCCUGGAGUCUACAUUACUAUCAGAGCUUUGCCUGAUGGCUCUCGCGAGCUUAGACGUGUUCGCUUCAGCCGGGAGAAGUUCGGGGAAACGAAUGCAAGGUUGUGGUGGGAGCAGAACAGAGGUCGGAUACAACAGCAAUACUUGUGAUUCCCCCCCACCCAUUCACUUUCUUUGCUUCUAGGAAAAACCAAACGCAGAGACCAGAGGGAGAGGGCUAACUUAGUUUCAGUUUUCAUAUGUCUGUGGGGAGCUCUUCUGUUCUGUUCUUUCCCUUUUUUUUUUUUGUCUUUUUUAACAUAUAUAUGUUAAUUAUUGUUUGGGUGGAUACUACUAUAUUGGUGUUAUUAUUGUUAUUUA